AAUAAAUAAAAAUAAAUUGAAAAUAUUUACUUUCUUUCAUGCAGAUUAUCGUUUGGGCACAUUAUGUGAAAUCCCCAUGAAAAUCGGUGAGUUGUAAGACGAAACAUCUCUGAUUUCGUUUUGAAUUGAGCAACAAAGUGGUGGUGUCCACUCUUAAUGAAACUAGUAUUUGCAGGCAAAUAAAUAAAUAUGUAGGUAGCCAUUAUGAUAGCCAACCUUCUGAGUUCUAGAGAUAGUAUAAAGAAGAAGAAGAAAAAAAUUUGUCGGUUCUAUGAUACAGAUCUCAGGUUAUGUACCUCAGUCUCAGAAUACUACUGAUUCGAUCAGUAAGGUGAUAUUCGUCGUGUUCGAUAGAUGUGUUAAUUCUUAGUUCUGAAUUCUUUAGAGAUAUUGGUCGCUCUUUAUUGCAAGUGGUAUUUAUAUCUUGUGUUUGUUCUUGCUAGUUUGUGGAGAUAUAAGUGUUUUAUGAUGUCUGAACUUGAAAAUCGAGUAAACCCCGGGAGUGAAGAUAGGAGUAUGGAUAAUGUUGGUGAAUUUGGUAGUAGCAGCGAUGCAGAUAGCUCUUCAGGAGAGGAAACUGCUAGAAUUGAUGAAGUAAAGCAAGCUAGCAAUGAUUCAGAAGUAGCGAAAGACCAAAACGAUGAAAUGAAGGAAGAUUUGAAAAAACUUCGCAUAAAAAUAAAAAUAAUAAGAACUGCCAAAAAAACUACCUACGAAAUCGUAAGGCCUAGCGAUGACAGGGAUGAAUUGAAAGAAAACACGCUACCUCGAGAAGAUACAAGAAAGAGGAAGAGGGGAAAAACCAAGACCAAGAAAAAGGAAAAAUUCAUACAAAAUCCACACAAUUUCGCAAUGGAGAAGAGAACAUAUGAGCAAGAAAAAAAAUUAGCCAUAGCCAAAGGAGAUUUCGACAGAGCCAAUCAAUUGGACAUUAGUUUGGUUGAGUUGCAGCUAAGAGCUUGUCAUCUUGAUGAGGUCAUGACCUCCACGAUAUUUAGCAUCGCUCAUAUCAACGACCGGAAUAGGAGGAGGAAUAUUGAAGAAGCUGAAAAGGCUAUUAUGGAGGAACACGCGGCAAACAACGGAAAAGAGGUUUAUGAUCCUUUCAAUAGACGUCCCAUAAGACCUGCACCAGGAGUGGUACCCAAAUCACCACCACAACCAAAACCAGUUGGACCUGUAAGGGAGACGCCUAGACCUGAGAGGAGAGUCUUAGUGCCGAAAAGGACUCACAAUCUCAAACCGUACGAGAGGGAAAGGCAUUGAGAAUCUGUGGAUUACGAUCUCGAUGUUUUUGAGUGAAUUUGUCAAAAUUUCAAGAAUUUCCAAUUUCACUGAUUGGUCAGGAACAAAACAUUGUCAAUUUUUAAGUGCUGAUAUUAGUACAACGUCAGUGAUACGAUGCAGCAGAUUUUCCCAGUGAAGAAAUGAUUAAUGAAAAAAAAAAAAUUUGAUAUAUGUAAUAUGUGAAUAAUACUGUUGUAAUUCGGAUAAUAUGCAAGAUAUUUGACUUAACCUAGUGAAAAGUUGAUUUUACAGAAAAAAAAAUGAUUGUAUUAUAUGUGAUGAAAUUAAUAUUUCAGCCUUCAAAUGUUCUUGUUUAGCAGUUUUUUUUAUAAUUUUUCAAUAUUUAUUGUAAAUUUUUUAAUAUAUUUCACUAAGUU